AUGGUUAAACGUUUGGCUGCACGUCAAAAUGUUGGCAAUUGGGUCCUACACAGUGGUUCCAUAGAAGAAAAGCUCAAGCGAUCUGCUCCUGUGAAAAUGACAGCUCAGGAAGCCACCUGGGCACUUCUACUCUGUCCUCUAGGGCCCGCUGGGAGGACACUUCGUGAGUACAAGGAGGGGGAGUGCUGCCUGCUCCACCCCACCACCACCAAGUGUCGGACUCCACCGCUUUACCACAUGCGCAUCUUUGCCCCCAACCAUGUCGUUGCCAAGUCCCGCUUAUGGUGCUUUGUGUCACAGAUGAAGAAGAUGAAAAAGUCUUCUGGGGAGAUUGUAUACUGUGGACAGGUGUUGGAGAAGUCCCCCUUGCUCGUGAAGAACUGUGGCAUCUGGCUGCACUACGACUCCCGCAGUGGGACCCACAAUAUGUACCGGGGGUACCAGGACCUGACCACUGCAGGUGCUGUCACCCAGUACUACCGUGACAUGGGCGCUCAGCAUCGUGCCCGGGCCCACUCCAUCCAGAUCAUGAAGGUGGAGGAGAUCACAGCCAAUAAGUGCCCAGCCCAGGCCCCGGCCGAGGCCCCGGCAGCCCAGGCCCCGGCUCAGGCCCCAGAAGCCCAGGCCCCGGCUCAGGCCCUGGCAGCCCAGGCGCUGGCUCAGGCCUCAGCUGAAGCCCCGGCAGCCCGGGCCCUGGCCGAGGCCCCAGAAGCCCAGACCCCGGCUCAGGCCUCGCCUGAAGCCCCGGCAGCCCAGGCCCCGGCUGAGGCCCCAGAAGCCCAGGCCCUGGCUGAAGCCCUGGCAGCCCAGGCCCUGGCUGAGGCCCCAGAAGCCCAGGCCCCGGCUCAGGCCCCAGAAGCCCAGGCCCCGCCUCAGGCCUCAGAAGCCCAGACCUCUGCUGAGGCCCCAGCAGCUGGGGUGGUGGAGGAUAAGGAGGAGGGAAGAUAA